AUGGCCAACGCAGCAAGCUCGUCGCUUCGCGCUGUUGUGGCCUUGACCAACCAUGGUAACCGCGCGCCCAGCGACGCCGCCCCGAUCCUCUGUCCCAAGAACGCAGCCAACUUUGACAAGUACGGCGUGCCUUUCAUGCAGCUCACGGACGCUGGCAUGCGCCAGAUGUACGCCGCCGGUCAGCACACGCGGUCCGUGUACGUCGACAGCGCGCACUUCCUCUCGCCGACGUUCAAGCAGAAGCGCCAUUUCGAGACGUACUUUCGCGCCGACGCCGCAAUGAGCUGCGGCCAGAGCGCGACGACGUUUGGGUACGGGCUCUACCCGAGUGUCAACAGCAACCUCCCGUUCCCCAACCCGAUCCCGAUCGUCAUGCAGCUCGCGUCCAACGAGUUUGAGUUUGGCGUCACGGAUGGCCCGUGCGCCGAGACGCUCAGCGCCGACUUGGCCGCCUAUAGCGCGACGCGCGGAAAGGCGCUGCUAAAAGCCCACGCGCCGCUCGUGCAAUCCCUCUCGAAGGUGUGUGGCACGGAUCUUUCGGGCACGGAUACGAUCACGAGCCUCAAUGUGCUUGCCGACAUGUCUAAGCUCGACCGGCUCGAGGGCCUGCCGCCGACGCUCGGGCUCACAGACCCCAUGUACCAAGAGCUGCAAGAGCUCGCGCUCACGCAGCGCAUGGAGCGCUUCCUCGGGACGCCGCGCCAAGUGACGUACUACAUGGGCGGCUUUCCCGCGAUGCUCCUCGCCAACCUCGCACCCGUGAGCCCGUCGUCGCCGUACAAGUUUUACGCGUACACGGGGCACCGCGAGCUCUUGCACGGCAUGGGACUGCUCUUGGACUGGCGCUUUGAAAUGCCGGGCGAGGCCCGUGCCCCGGGAUUCAAUACGACCGCGCUACCGCCCGCGACGACCAUGUACUUUGAGCUCCACGAAGAGAACGGUCGCCAGCUGGUGCGCACGUUUCUGUGGUCGCCGCUCACGGGCCGAGCGCCCGUGCAGCUCGGCAAAUGCAGCGCGCUCGACUGUCCUAUGGACGAGUUUCGCGGUAUUCUCGACGCGCACGUGGCGGCGACGUCGUCGUGGGAGACGCUCUGCGCGUACCACCCGGUCAAGAAGGUGAAGAACAUGCAUUUCGGAAGCGACCCGGUCGAGGACUCGCUGACGUCGCUCAUCAUGUGUGCGGCGCUCGUGCUCUGCACCGUCUUUGCGAUGCACUCGGCGUACCGCCGCAUCCACCAGUUCAAGCGCCGCGACUACACGCCGAUUUAG